AUGGCGAGACCCCAAGAUACGGCUUUGGUCCGAUUCUAUGGCCUCCCUAAGGUGCACAAAGACGGCGCUCCUCUCCGACCCAUCGUGUCGCUCAAAGGUACUCCAACGUACGGACUGGCUAAGUGGCUGUUCCGGCGUCUCAAGUUCCUGACCGCUGAGUCAGACACCACGGUCUCUUCGUCAGCAGAAUUCCUGGAGAAACUCAAAGGGGUAAGCCUCCAUCCAAAUGAGGUCAUGGUGUCUUUUGAUGUUACAUCCCUUUUUACUUCUAUUCCCCAGGACCUGGCGAUCGACACAAUCGAGCUUCUUCUGCAAAGCAAAUACGAUGAAACGGAGAAUCGUCUUGGACGCGCCCAAGUCCUUCAGCUCCUGAAGUUCUGUCUCAGGACGUACUUCACGUUCGACGGGACAAUCUACGAACAGGUGAAGGGCACACCAAUGGGUUCGCCGAUUUCGGGAUUCAUCGCCGAGGCGGUCCUGCAACGGUUAGAGUCGAUGGUCUUCCAACACCACAAACCGACGUUCUGGGCCCGGUAUGUGGAUGAUACCUUCGUCGUUAUCGAUCGGGAUCAACUGCUGACAUUCAAGGAACGUCUGAAUGCGGUCUUCCCGGACAUACAAUUUACGAUGGAGGAGGAAGAGAACAACCAGCUGGCCUUCCUGGAUGUCCUCGUAUGCCGCAAGGAUUGUGGUGGACUAAAGACCAAAGUGUUCAGGAAAGCGACAAAUACGAUGCAAGUACUGAACUUCAACAGUAACCACCCAAUCAGCCACAAACGCAGUUGUGUAAGGACGCUCUUUCGGCGUGUCGAAACGCACUGCAGUGAGCCGGAAGACAAAAUUGCUGAACUACAAUACCUCCGACGGGUAUUCAAAGCCAAUGGCUACCCGAGCAACUUUGUCAACCGGUGCAUACGCAAAAUGGACGAAAGGCCUAACCGCAGGGACACCAAAGUUUGGCGAGCGCUUCCAUAUGUCAAGAACGUUUCGGAAGCUGUUGGCCGCCUUCUCGCACCGCCGGGGGUUGGAGUUGCACACAGGCCAGAGGCAACCCUCAGGCGUCAACUGAUGAAACCAAAAGACCCACUGCCACGGCAAGAAACGUCUGGAGUCGUUUAUCGGAUCUGGUGCAGUUGCGGACAAAGCAACUACGUCGGAGAAACCGGAAGACAGCUCCGAACGCGAAUGGCCGAACACGCUGCAGCAGUGCGGCGAAAUGACGCCAGCUCUCAAGUUGCGGCUCAUUCGACGGGUUCCGGCCACACAUUCAAAUUUGACGAGGCCGAAAUUCUCGCAAGAGGUGACAACCGCGUGAGCCGGGAGCUGCUUGAGUCAUGGUUCACUGGCCCCCAGUCUGUUAACAAGUGCAAUGAUCUUCCCAUUCAAUACAGCGUGCUGAGACUUCGUCUAGGCGGAGAAAUUGGCCACGCGGGGAGCGCCCUGAUGAACACUCUUCCCAACACCCGGGUCAGCGCGUCAGAUGGUUGA